AUGGCACGCUUUACUGCUGUUAAAAAUGUUAAAGCUAUUGUUCCCCUCCUUGAUCGCGUACUCGUGCAACGCAUUAAAUCACAACAAAAAACUGCUGCUGGUAUUUUGAUUCCUGAAAAAUCACUAGAAACACUGAACGAAGGGAAAGUUAUAGCAGUAGGUAAAGGUGCUCUUGAUAAGGAAGGAAAACACAUUCCAAAUCAAGUAAAACCCGGAGAUCGUGUGCUCCUUCCAUCCUACGGUGGGAGUACCCUUAAAGUUGAAGAAGAGGAAUAUUCCAUUUUUAGAGAUUCUGAAAUCUUGGCCAAAAAAGUAAAAGAUUUUUGGGUAACCAAUACAAAAGAAAAUUUUGUAUCACUUAAGCGAGAUCUUGCGUUAUCAAACCUCAAUGAGGAUGAAAACUCCAACAAGGAUGAAAAAUCUAUGUGGAAGAAUAUCGAAAAUAAACUUGAAAAAAUACAAAUAGAGGAACUUGGAUAUGAUUAUCCAUUGUGUUCAAGAAUUUUGGAUGAUAGCUCAAAGCCUUUUACUAAAUUAUCUGAAGAAGACAAAAAAGUCUUUAAGGCUCCAAGUGAUACGUUGGAAGUUCAAUGUAUAUAUAAAAAGUCAGUGAUUUAUAGUUGUUUACUUGAACAAACAAAGAUCCCAUGGAGUAUCACAACUUCAGAAGAUGCUUCAAAAGAUAUAUACUCUUUGACUGCAAUUGCAUGCUGUAUACGUAAACUACAAUAUGCUAAAUGGAAUGAAUAUAAUAAUGAUUCUGAUGAAACCACAUCAACGGUUUCAACUCCACCAGGUUCGCCAUCAAGAACCAGAAAGGUAAGUGAUUUAAUCCCUCACUUACGUGAAGAUAGAAGAUUAAAAAAGAAAAAAAGGGCAAAUUCCCGGAAUGUAUUUUCAUCACCUUGA